GGUGAUUAUUAUUUGAAAUAAACCAGAAAGCGAUUCAUCUGGUUUUCAUUUCAAAAUUUGAAAACCAAACGUUCCCGAUUUUCAUCACUUACGUCCCACCACCGCCGCAAAACGCAUCGGGGAAUGUAAAUAGCCGACGUCUUACCCUUUUGAUUGUCACGUGUUUAUCGAUCGAAGCACAUUUGAAUCUGCCGAAAUGUCUCUGCUAAGUAGGUUCUUUUACAAGAGACCACCAGAUGGGUUGCUUGAGUUUGCUGAUAGAGUUUAUGUUUUUGAUUCAUGUUUUUGCACGGAAGUGUUGGCUGAUGACUUAUACCAAAUCUUUCUCCACGAAGUUAUCAAUGAUUUACACGAAGACUUCCCCGAAUCAUCUUUUCUAGCUUUCAAUUUCCGAGAAGGAGAGAAAAGAAGCGUCUUUGCUGAGACUCUCUGUGAAUACGAUGUCACUGUCCUUGAGUAUCCCAGGCAAUACGAAGGCUGCCCUUUGCUCCCUUUAUCACUCAUCCAGCAUUUUCUCCGUGUCUGUGAGAAUUGGCUUUCUCGUGGGAGCCGUCAGGAUGUUAUUCUUCUUCACUGCGAAAGAGGAGGCUGGCCGCUUCUCGCUUUUAUCCUUGCCAGCUUUCUUGUUUUCAGGAAAGUUCACAGUGGUGAGCGCAGGACCCUUGAGAUUGUGCAUCGUGAGGCUCCCAAGGGUCUUUUGCAGCUCCUCUCCCCCUUGAAUCCGUUCCCUUCUCAGCUUCGUUAUCUUCAGUAUGUAGCGAGGAGGAACAUCAGUCCUGAGUGGCCGCCUCCUGAGAGAUCUCUUUCUUUGGAUUGUGUGAUUAUUCGAGCUAUUCCCAACUUCGACUCCCAACAUGGAUGCAGACCUAUUAUACGUAUCUUUGGCAGUAAUUACAGUUGCACUUCUGGUCUUUCCACGGAGAUGCUCUAUUCUAUGUCUAAUAAGAAAAAACCCCUUCGGCAUUACCGACAGGCACAAUGUGACGUGAUCAAAAUUGACAUCCAGUGCUGGGUGCAAGGAGAUGUUGUACUGGAGUGUGUGCAUAUGGAUUUAGAACCAGAACGAGAGGUUAUGAUGUUUCGUGUGAUGUUCAAUACUGCAUUCAUCAGGUCCAACAUACUAAUGUUGAACUCCGACAACUUGGAUAUUCUUUGGGAGGCCAAGGAUCAUUAUCCAAAAGGGUUUCGAGCAGAGGUUUUGUUUGGAGAAGUUGAGAAUGCUUUGCCUCAGAAAGUUCCAACGCCAAUAGUAAAUGGUGAUGAGACUGGUGGCUUGCCCAUUGAAGCCUUUUCUAAAGUGCAAGAACUUUUUAGUGGUGUGGAUUUAGCUGAAAAUGGAGACGAUGCUGCUUUGUGGUUGCUGAAACAACUUGCUGCAAUAAAUGAUGCAAAGGAGUUCACAAGAUUUCGGCACAGAGGGGGUUUUUAUAUGAAUUCUCCUGACUCUGAAGAGGAGACCAACACAUCUAGCGCCGCUGAUAGUUCAGAUGAAGGCUUUGAUGCCAUCCAUAGACCUCGCAUUUCUCUAUCUUUUGAUAAUGAUGACCCCGAAGGCAUUCCUAUAUCUUUUGCUCCUGAAUCUUCAGAGGAGCCUCAUGGAUUCUCUCGUGGACAACAGCAAGAAGAUCAAUCGAAAGACAGUGUCCAGCUUUCGGCUCUUCCUUCUUCUGCCACACUUUUACCUCCACCGCCACCACCACCUCCUCCCCCUCUUUUUUCUGUAAAUAAAGUUACAAGCAUAGACUCGUUGCCAUCCCAACCCCAACCCCCACCUCCGCCGCCACCUCUCCCUAGUCUCAGCAGUAGAGAUCAUCCAACAACAUCACACAACCCUAUCAACAAAACCCCACCACCACCACCUCCUCCUCCACCUUUCUCUAGAAGCAUUUCUCCACCUUCAGCUCCACCUCCUCCACCACCACCGCCACCACCGCCACCUACAUCUCAUUCGGGUCUUGCUCGUACUGGCCCACCUUCGGCACCCCCACCACCUCCACCUCCGCUUCCUAAGGCUAAUAUUUCAAAUGCCCCCAUGCCACCUCCACUUCCUCCUUCAUCUGCAAAGUUAGGUGCUCCCCCUCCGCCUCCACCACCACCUCCUUCAUCUGCAAAGUUGGGUGCUCCCCCUCCUCCUCCUCCACCACCACGUCCUCCUUCAUCCGGAAAGUUGGGUGCUCCUCCUCCGCCUCCACCACCACCACUAUCCAAGACCCCUGCUCCCCCUCCGCCACCUCUAUCCAAGACCUCUGCUCCUCCUCCUCCGCCAGCUUUGGGUCGUGGUACAAGUAGUUGCCCACCACCAUUGGGAGCAAAAGGUUCAAAUGCACCGCCGCCACCUCCUGCUGCAGGAAGGGGCAGAGCUUCCUCGGGACUUGGAAGAGGCCGAGGUGUGAGUGUGCCUACUGUUGCACCUAAGAAAACCGUGCUAAAGCCUUUGCAUUGGUCUAAAGUUACUCGGCCAGCAAAAGGUAGUUUGUGGGCUGAUGAUACUCAAAAACAGGAAAACCAACCUCGUGCCCCUGAAAUAGAUAUAUCAGAGCUCGAGAGUCUGUUUUCUGCAGUUUCAGAUACCGCUGCUAAGAAAAGCACAGCUCGCAGGGGUUCGAGUAUCAGCAAACCUGAGAAAGUUCAACUGGUUGACCUUCGAAGAGCAAAUAACUGUGAAAUAAUGCUUACGAAAAUUAAGAUUCCUCUGCCAGAUAUGCUUAGCGCAGUUCUAGCCUUAGAUUCGUCAGUUCUGGACAUCGACCAGGUUGAAAAUCUCAUCAAAUUUUGUCCGACGAAGGAAGAAAUGGAAUUGUUGAGGAAUUAUACCGGUGACAAAGAAAUGCUUGGAAAGUGUGAACAGUUUUUCAUGGAACUAAUGAAGGUUCCACGUAUAGAAGCAAAGUUACGAGUGUUUGGCUUUAAGAUUACCUUUGCUUCUCAGGCGGAAGACUUAAAAAGCUGCCUGAAUACAAUAAACGAUGCUACUAAAGAGGUGAAGGAGUCUGCAAAGUUGCGUCAGGUUAUGCAAACAAUUUUAACACUAGGAAAUGCUCUGAAUCAGGGAACUGCAAGAGGGUCUGCUGUGGGUUUCAAACUGGAGAGUCUUCUUAAAUUAUCUGAUACUCGUGCAAAAAAUAACAAAAUGACUUUGAUGCAUUACUUAUGCAAGCUUGUUGGUGAAAAAAUGCCAGAGUUGCUGGAUUUUCCCAGUGACCUUGCUCACUUGGAAGCUGCAUCAAAGAUUGAUUUCAAAACGUUGGCUGAAGAAAUGCAGGCGGCAGCUAAAGGCCUUGAAAAGGUUGAUCACGAACUCAUGGCUUCAGGAAACGAUGGUGCAAUAUCUCUGGGCUUCCGAAAGGUUUUGAAGGAGUUUCUUGCUACCGCUGAAGCAGAAGUGAGGUUGCUUGCUUCCUUAUAUACAGAAUCGGGAAGAAAUGCAGAUUCCUUGUGCCACUACUUUGGUGAGGAUCCAAAUAGAUGUCCUUUCGAACAAGUGACCAAGAUUCUGGCUCUUUUCAUGAAAACUUUCAUCAAAUCACGAGAGGAGAAUGAGAAACAAGCGGAGGCUGACAAGAAGAAGCUGGAGAAAGAUACAAUGAAGGAGAAGCCAAUGUUAAAGAAAGACGGUGCUGAUCCAUAGACAUAGAACGUGAACAGAGGUCGGUCUUUAAAGAAAGACCCGAGUGUUUCAGAUCGAUGAAAGCUUUGUUUUAUAGUACACAAUGUUGCACAUAACAAUCAAGAAGCAGAGAUCUUUCGUAGAUCGUAGAAAAAGUAGACAGCUUCUAUGAUGUUUAUAUGGAAGUGUAAACUCUCUUUGAUCAUCACUUCAUUGAUGUAAAAUCAGAGGUUCUUGUCAAUGUUGUAGAAGAUAUUUGAAUUUUUAUAGAACCCACUCAAAGUUAUUAUC